GCGAUCGGAGAAAAAGCACGAUAACAUACUUAGGUGAAAAUGAUAAACACCUCAGUAUAAAGAAGUCACCACUUAUAACAUUAAUCGCUGUGGCGACCUUUUACACCUCUCAGCUUUAAUUUCUUGGACUACAUAUACCGAACAAUUUACAUUUUGUAAUUGCGGUAUUACAAUUUUGAGACAAAGAUAUAUUUACCGAUUUAAGGAUGAAGCCACGAAAAAACGUCAAGCCUCUUUUGGUGGUUUCAUUUGUGGCUGCUGUUUUGAUGCUUGUGGAGUACGAGUACUGGAGUGAAACAGAUUAUCUCUCACCAGCCAACGCCGCGUUGAGACAGAAUGUUCGUCUGACCUUUGAAUCAAACACUACACUAAAAACAGAAAGGGUCCAUUUUGAAGGCGAAUCAAGAUCCGAGGAGAAAUGCGCGAUACCAUUAGCUUUAAACGCAGAUCUUCAUCAUUUGAGUAAGACAAAAUGGCCCUGUAAGUUGUCAAUUUUGGACCCUUUUCAUCCGCAAGUGAUGAAAGCGAUUACACCAGUGGCGUCACUAAACUGCAAGGGGAGGCUUUUUACGGAGUUCCAAAACGGAAAAUUUCGACUCCUAGAUGACGUUAGAAAAGAGCAUGAAAUCGUUGAAGUCUUCGCCGAACCGAUCUACCGUAAAACUGAUUAUGAUGUAAAGUUGGGACAAAGGAUCUUUGUUAACUUAACGAAUAGGGAGGCAAGAGUAAAUAGCGAUUUUCUCAAAGUAACCGUUCGAUUUAAGAACGGCAAAAUCCAAUCCGAUUUCCACGCCGCGAUUUCAGAGAUCGACGACGUUGCAAAAGAGAAAGAAACGCACAGUGCACCCUUGAACAUAAUGAUUUUAGCUUUCGAUGGAACGUCUACCGCCCACUUCAAAAGAUUGUUGCCCAAGACGUAUGCCUACCUUAAAGAUGGGCUGGAUUCCAAAUUUUUCAAGGGUUAUUCAAUUGUUGGAGAAUCAACAACUCCGGCGAUGACUGCUUUCUUAACUGGCAAGUCGGUGUCGGAGAAUUGUGAAUUCAAGGAAGCGAGACGAGGAUAUAAAAAUUCGAGUUACGUGGACAAGUGGCCAUUUAUAUUCAAGGAAUUAAAGCGUCUUGGAAUUGCUACAAUGUGGAGUGAAGAUCAACCUGGUAUAGGAGCAUUUCAUCUCACACUAAAGGGAUUCAAAGAUCAGCCAACUGAUCAUUAUGGAAGACCUUUGUGGUAUGCAGGAGAUAAGGGCCUUUGUUUCAGCUCUCAGCCACAGUUUGAAUUACAACUCAGAUAUCUUAAAAGCUUUAUGAAAUCCUACCCAGGAAAAAGGAAAUUUGGUUUCACAUUUCUAUCAAACUUGUGCCAUCGACAACCUGGCCUAGCCCACGCAGCUGACGAUGGAUUACUGUCUUUUUUCGUUUCACUUAAAGAUAAAAAUUUGUUGAACGACACCAUGUUCAUCACAAUGGCUGAUCAUGGUGCAAGAUUUGGCGUCGUGCGUGAAAGCCCUCAAGGAAAGUUGGAGCACAGACUUCCACUUCUUUCUUUGACUCUUCCGCCUUGGUUUAAACGGAGUUAUCCGGCGCAAAUAACAGCAUUGGUUAGGAAUACCCGGAUAAUUUCCUCACCCUUCGAUCUUCACAAAACGAUGAAGCAUCUGUUGAUGUUUCCAGAGAAAACUUUGGUUCAAACGGAUACGAUCGGUAGCAGUCUUUUUGAACCACUUUCAGAAGACAGGAAAUGCAUUGAUGCAGGUAUUCCGGAAAAUUACUGCCCGUGUUUAAGAUGGCAACCAAUUAGCAUUGCUCAUCCACACGUGCUUCGAGCUGUUAAGGUAGCAGUGAGCCACGUCAACGAGUUGUUGAUGUCUCACCCAACGACAGCCAAAUUAUGCCAUCGACUAGAGAUGAAGACAGUGUUAGAAGCUUAUCAAAAAAUUCCAAGUCUUGAAAUGCAUCUGAAUUUAGACCAAGAAAAUACAACAUGUAGUUAUCAAAUUCAGUUUCAGGCUACACCUGGUGAUGGUGUAUUUGAAGGUAUAUUCAGAUUGGACUCAUCGGGGAAUUUCAGAGUCUAUGGAGAUAUUGAUCGUGUUAACAAGUACGGUGAUCAACCUAAGUGUAUUGUUGCACAUGCGCCGUCAAUGCGACCGUACUGCAUUUGUUUGUCACAAAAUACGCCUGACACCAGCAGACGGGUAUAGCACUGUCUACCAUUUCCCCCGUCCUCCCCCCUCCCCCCUUACGCUCUCUACCCCUCUCACUUCGUCCAUUGCUCAACUGUGAUAAACUGAGUACAAACAAUUUUAAAAAGUUGUAUCCAAUCUUGUGUAAUAUUUACAGCAGAUUACCAUCUGUAGAGAACAGGUCCUCUUCAAGUCCCUCUUUCAGGUGUCUUUGGAACGUAGUUUCGUGUGGGUACAGAAGUAUAUUUAUUCACGGAUCUUCUCGCUGAAGGACAGAACUUAUUUCUUACGGUAAGUGAAUCGUGAUCUACAAAAGGGGGUUUGCACAUCGAUGAGUCACUCAGACGUCGCUCAGGCUUGCAAAUAGAGUCUACCAUGGCUGAA